UGGGCCCCAGCCUGACAGUUAGCUGCUGCUGUCGCUCCCUCUCAGGGGGAACCUGAGCCUCAAGCUGGGAUCGCCUUAGGAUGAGGAUCUGGGGGCCCGUCCAUGGGCCCCCCUCAUAUUUUAUCCGUGGAGUUCUAUUUUUUCAGUUCGUAUUUUAUUUUUGUUUAUAGAUGAGGAAGAUAUCCUCUUCCAAAGAGGGGAAAGCUCAUAAAAGUUUCUAACUUUCUGAAAAAUGAAUAACUUCAGGCUUACCUGAUUCCACCCCAUCCGGACCUCCUUAUCCUGUUGGUGGGAAACCCUGAUGAGUUGCUUUCCCAUUACUCCUGGGCCAGAGACCUCUUUGGAGUCUGUGUAAUUGGCACUUGGGAGACAGGGAGAAAUUGGUGCCUCUCACACCAGUGGCUGCUGAAGUAGAAGAAUCCGGAAAACCCCUUCCCUUGGGAACACCGGCUAAGACUGAAGGGUUUCCAAGAUGACCAAGAUACCGGCCACCAAGAAGAUUCAGAGUUCCUCCAACUUGGGUGGCCUCUGGCCGUUUUUUGCCUCAGACCAUCUAACACCGGUCCAAGACAAGCCAAUGAAGAGCCUCAAGUAUAUGGACCGAGAAAUUAUAAACCUCAAAAAAGACCUUGUACGAAGCCGCUUCUUGAUUCACUCUGUGAAGAUAGGCAGGAGCUAUUUUACCAUGCUGAGGGAGGAGAGUGCAAUGAAAAAGAAGCAACAACAACUUCAGAAACUGCAAGAGGAAGAAAAGCAUAAAUUCACACCAGCCAAAAAGAUCUCGGAAGUCCAGUACGGGGACAUUCUUUUGACCACAUACGAUGAUGAUAAGACCAAGAAGAUGGGUGCUGGAGUCAUCCUUCGCCCAUUCACCCCCGUGCACAGCUGCAUCAUUUCGUCCUCACUGCCUGUGGCUCACGUGGAACCCCUCUUCCGCCAGCUCUGUGCCCUCCACUGGCUCCUGGAGGCCUUGACUAUUGACCACACCCACCACACCAUGAAGCCUGUGAUCACCUGCUGGAAUCCAAAGGACCCAGGUGGAAGCAAGAACACGAUUAGGAAAAUCACUAAGGACAAGUCCAUGGGACAGAGGUGGGAGCACUUUGUCACAGCACCAAAGACCAAGAAAUUCAAAAUUCCCGGACUACGUCCCACUGCCCGCAAACCGAGCCGGCGAGGCUCCACACUCAGUCUGUCUCGGACCAGCGGGGGGUCGUCCCCCCAGAGCAGCAUGGUCUCCGUGAACCCCGGCUCAGAUGAGCCCCCGAGUGUGACCACCCAGGCCACGUGCAGCAAGGACGUUGAGGACAAUGAAUCAUCUUCAACCAAGCAGGAGGAAGAACCUCUCCAUAUCAAUCUGCAGAAGCUCCUGGAGAUGGUGCGGGAAGAUGCCCGGAGAACGAUCGCAAUGGAAAAUGGGACGCAAAGAAAAGCGCCCAGCAUCUUGUCAAUGCUCAGACAAAACAAGAGCGAUUCUGCCUACAAGGACAUGCAGACCACCCACAAGUCAAGUGACAGAUCCAGCAGUACAAGUGGAGAGAGUCACAUUCAGCCAGUCCAAAAGAAGUCUAAAAGCCGCACCAACCGUGACAUCAUCCACUCUAAGAGUGGGGUUUGUAACGCCAUGAGGGUCAAGUUUUACAGCGUGGCCCAGGAGGCUGGCUUCUGUCUGCAGGACAAGAUGGAAAUCCUCAUGAAGCGCCAAGAAGAGAGAGGUCUCCAGAAGUUCCAUUCUUUCAGCCUUGUCUCAAAUUUUCAAAAGGAUAUAGCAAAAAUGAGACAUCAAGUCCCCGUGGUAAAAGGAGACGCAGAAGAAAUUGCAGACCACUGGUACUUUGAUCUGCUGUCCAAACUCCCCGAGGAUCUGAAGAAUUUCCGCCCCGCCAAAAAGAUCCUGGCAAAACUACAGAAGUUUGGGGAAAACCUGGACCUGAGGAUCCGGCCCCACGUCCUCCUGAAGGUGCUGCAGGAUCUGAGAAUCUGGGAACUGUGCUCUCCAGACAUUGCUGUGGCCAUUGAGUUUGUGCGAGAACACAUCAUCCAUAUGCCCCAAGAGGAUUAUAUCAACUGGCUGCAGAACCGGAUCAACAUCCCCAUCCGGCCCCACAGUGCCCAGGUGUAGUCUAGGCCUGAGUCGAUCGGCUACGCCAGUGGAGGAGAGCUAGUCUACACUGUGUUUCUGCCUCCUGCCUCUGUUUCUGCUUCCUGCCUACUCUCAUGGAUACUCACUAUGAUAUAGUAGAUCCAUCUGGAGACUGACUUCUGGCAACAAUCUAGAGGGAGAUACUCCCAAAUGGAAACUCCCCUCACCCUCACACCCCAGCCCCAACCUCCCAGUCUCUCUUCCUCAUUGGUCCAGCCUGACUCUACCUACUUCCUCUCCAGAUUCCUUCACCCUAUUCCUCUUCCCCAAGUUCUGGAUAAUAAAAUUGAACUGAACGUUUGA